CACAAAGCGACAAUGACAUUUUAAAGGGACUGCUGGCGUCAUUUAACGCCAGACCUUCGAACCAGUUGUUUCUUAUCGCUGCAGGUGUCCCAGCGGAGAGGAGCUGCGAGGUCACACACUACCAGCUGAACUACACGGAGAUCCGCGAUCAGAGUAGCAAUGAGAGGAGAGACCACACCUCCGAGAGAAGGGCAAAAGUCCGGACUGAGCGAGCAACGCACCUGCAACGCCAUUCGCUAUGACAGAGCGCCGAUAGGAAUUGCAACUUAAUAUGAUGGGAAUUACCGUCUGAUACUUACAUCCAACUUGAUGUCGGUUUUAGCGGACCGCGGUUGCUCUCAAAGACUGGAAGGUGUUUAUUUUUUAGCCGUGUAUCUGAGGCUGAUGUGCUUCGGGAUGGUGUGUUGCCUGACAGCACAGCACAGAUAGUGACCCGUCCCGUCCUCACUUAGAGAAGGACCCAGAGACUUGCUCCAUUGUCUCUGUCUAGCGACCAGGCAGAGAAGAGUAUGCUAGACAAGGCAUCAGCUGUUGUAUGGUGACCGGAGACGAGGCCUGCUUUAUGAAUGGUUCUUUUACGGAUACAUCACAGACCUGGAGUCGGAGAUACCACCGUGUACUUUGCUUGACUAAAGAAUGAAUCCGUCACAAUGCUCUGCUUUCACACCUGUCACAGACGACUGUGUUUUCUUUAAAUCUCCAAAGCCACCGAACAUCAAGAUCAGCAUCAACUUGAACCAGGAAAGAGAUGGUGGAACGCUAUCUGGAUGCAGCUAAACCUCAACAUAUCUGUUCUGGAAGUCUAGCUGGACGUCCUGUCACAGCUGGUAUCUGCCCUGAGCAUCAUUAGCUGCAAGCAUCAUGUCAGAGAUGGAGGACUAUUCCCCUCCUAGGGGCCACCCACAUCCCGACCCUGCUCGAAUCCAGCAGAACCUUCUGGAGGAACAAGUGGAGCUUUGGUGGUUCAGCGAACCACGCAAAUCCUUAUUAUGCUACUGCGCCUCAGUGUGCCUGAUCUUAGGCUGCGGGUUGGGUGGUGUAGGCCUGCUCUCCACCACCACCAGCCUUUCCAGCGAGUGGAGGCUGGGAGCCGGGACGGUCCUUUGCCUUCUCGCCCUGGCCGUUCUUCUGAAGCAACUGCUGAGCUCUGCCGUCCAGGACAUGAACUGCGUACGCAGCAGACGGCGGAUCAACAUGCUGAAAAGCGGGGGCUUGUCCGACAUUCUGGUCAUGUUGAUCACGGGAAUCUCUUUGGUUAUUUGUGGGGCCGUGCUCCUGGAUGUGGCCCUGGCCUACCACAUGCCCAAACCUGGCAAGGCUUUGAAUGACAUGUUCAUAUCCGGGGUGGUGUUGUUGGUGGGCGGGGGUUUUACAGUGUUAGCCGUCGGAGUUUAUUCCGCAGUGGUUUUCCUUUUAGAGAGGACAGGCCCGGGACAGAGGAGGUGGGAGAGGACUGUGGGAAUCUUCACCAUUUCAGGCCAAAUGCAGGCAAGGAGAGAGACAGCUUCAAGUCUUGCGCGUCUGAUUUAAUAGUGUGGCUACAUAAUUUAUAUGGCAUUCUUGAUAAACUUGAAAUAAGACACUGAACUUUGCAGUCUUAGGGCAAUAAAAAAGCCUUCGGUGAAACUUUGCACUCAUUACACUACAGCACAAAUCACUUGAGACAUUUACAAUUACAUCCAACGAACAGGCUGAAGGUUACAAGCAUUAAACCACGGAGGGUUCAAACAUUUUGUUUAUGCAUCACUGUACAAUGAAGGAAGUAUAGAAAAGAGCACAAGUUUAAUCAUUAACAAAUUGAUUUUAGUAAAAAAAAUGCUGCUUUCUCUCACAUUCACUGCCUCCGGCAUUAUUUGACACUACUGUGUGUGUCCUUCACAGCUUUAUUUAUGUGGGCAAAAGUGAGCAAGCCAAGUGUCCAUCUAGGGAUGUCUUUAUCUUUCCAUGGGAUUUAAAGGAACAGUAUGUAAGAAAUGUAUAUCAAUUAAUCAUAAAAUGGCCCUGAUUUGUCACUAGACAUUAAGAAAUCAUUUUCAUUUCAAAUACUUAUAUCACUGACAACAGUGGUCUGGCCAGGAUAUUGUCAUUUAAAAAGUGGAGUUGCAGCCCUCAACUGAUGUUUAUGUUGUCAUUUUGUGUAUUGGCCACCAGUUGUGUGAUUGCAGUACCAGUUUUAGCCACAAGUUUUGUGAUUGCAAUACCGGUUUUGGCCACAAUCCUACAUACUGUUCCUUUAAUGUUUGUGUGAAUGAGUGGAUCAUGAGUGUCGGACUGGGAAUUUAUACUACAACUUUGUUCUGUGUGCAGGCAACACUAAGAAUAAAAUAAAGGAUAUGAAUGUAAAUCUG